GUUUCGUUUGCGGUGUUCCAGGCUCUUCCGACUCACACUAGUCAUAACUUAUAUUCAGUUUUCCUUGACCUAUCCCUUCAGUGAGACAGUGCAAGAUUACGAUACACAGCCUCAAGUUUCAGAGACUAAGAAAAUCCAGAAAGACCGCAAUGAAACUGUUUUCAGUUCUGCCAAUGUUUCUUUUGAUGCUCUCCGUUUCAGGUAAUCUCCGGAUUGACUGCGUUUUAAAAAAGUCGAAUGAAUAGUGAAAGAAGACUGCUCGCAAAAGGAAAAACUCAAUCCGCAUUUGCCAUCGGAUUAGAUUCUGGCCUAAAAAAUGCGUCGCGGUAGCGAGCGAAAUGCCUAAGUUUUGUUUAGCAGUAGCUAUUAAGUUUUAAACUAGGUAGGGGAAGAGUACCUCUAGUUACUAAAUCACCCGUCGGCUCCCGGAACUCGAGGAAACCGAGUGGAUAAGAUACAAGUGGCCAGUUUAAAGUAAACCGUCUUCUGUAAUGUAAUUGGAUUACAGAGAUUGAAAGUGAUAAAAAAAGUAGGUUAAAACGUGAAGUGACUAAGUCUUAAUCUUUUUGUCACCACCAAGAUAUAAAAAAGUAGCAAAGCUUCCAGCUCGAUUCCAACGUACUUUCGUUGUAGCUUUAUCGAGUUGAUUCCAAACCAAAGCCAUUUCACAACCGUGCAGGAGAGUCUAACGUUUUUCUAGUCUUGUGUUCCUCGCUGUAAGGAGAGAACUCGAAUCAUUUCUUGUUUAUUUCUAGGUAAUUGCCCUGAAAGUUGGAAACAGUUCAAAAGCUAUUGUUACAACGUGAGCAGUAACAUUACGACUUGGCAAGGGGCCCAAUCGUACUGCAAAAGGUGGGGAGGAGAACUGGUGAAGAUCAACAGCUUUGACGAAAACGAGUUUGUACUGAAGCUGGUUCACAGCCGUGCGCCAUCGCUGAAACAAAUUUGGAUUGGACUCAAGUGGAAUCCAAAGUACAACAAUUUCAUUUGGUCUGACUACUCAAUUCCAUUUUACAAGUUCUGGGCUCCGGGUGAACCGAAUGGAAAGUCCAGGGAGCCAUGCAGCAACAUGUGGAUUGCGCACUCAACCAACCUGCCUUACCGAGCUACUGGUUACUGGAAUGAUCUUAUUUGCGGAAUCCACUCGCUUCAUCCUUGUGGAUUUGUCUGUAAGAAGCUGGCAUAGUCGGGAGCAAAACCUCAUUGCCGCCCAAGAUAAAAGCCUGAACUAGUGGGGAGUAGUGAUGAGAAUUUUAGAUUAAGCUCGGGAUUUAUCAUGCGUGACCGAUCGCGAUGAUAAGUAUUGUGAUCAAAGACAAAAUAAAAUAAUUUUUAUGCAAAUUUAAUACAAUGACGGUUUGAAAAUAAAACAAUAACCAUGAC